AUGACUAUAAAUUUUGCUAGCCUUCUUCAAAUAAAAUAUUCGGUCAAUCUUAUAUCGAAUUAUUAUGAAUGUCAAAAAAUUGUAGCACAAAAUGGAGAUAUUUAUCAAGUAAAAUUAAAUCUUAUCUAUAAAAAUUUAAAUUCAAUGAAUUUAUUUGUUGGCACACUACAAACAUUAACAACAAAAACAAUGAAAAAUUCAUUAUUAAUAAUCAAACCAUAUGAAGAAACAAGAUCAUUUUUAUUUGUGAAUUAA